AUGCCCUCCAGAAGACGAACUGGAUUUGCGCUCCGCCGGGCACCAACAUCUGUACGCAAUCGACGAGCCCCGGUAAACUUACAGACACCAAACAACAAUGAUGGAGCACGGCCACCCAUGAGAGCUGACUUACUCCUUAUCCCUCGUCGUCCUGACCAAGAUCCUCAUGUAUCACCCCCGGCCGAGCCAUACCAUGACGACUUCCAUCGUCGCGAGGAACCCAAUGAGAACGACACCCGCCUGCCUCCAGAGAUCAUCACCGAGUAUGCUAUUCAAAAGGAAAAACUCUCAGCUGCAUGGAAAUCCGUGGAAAAAUCGAUGACUGCCGCUUAUUAUACCUGCCAGUACCGAACUCAAAACUGGACUAGCUCAUUGGAAUAUCUCGACCCCCUUGACAAAUGUUUCACAGAUCAAUCCCCUGCACAGAAAAUUGAGUUCUGCUUGUGCAUCCCCGAUCCAUUGUACCAAUCCCUGUGGUAUGAGACGGCGGUGCCGUACACGUCCUUUAUCAAAGGCCUUGUAUGCCAUCAAGAAACCCGAGCCAGAAAGCCCUUGUUAGCCCGCAGUCGAUUGGGAAAUCCUCGCGAGCUGCGCACUCCUUUCUCCCAAGCUAUUGACAUCUACAGCCGCAUCCAAAUUCUUCAAAAGGAUCUCCUGAAUGUUGCGCUUCAAAUGCAAGAGAAAGACUUUUGGGCAUCCAAGUGCCCCUCUUGCUUUGGCCCCGAAAAACCAGACGAAGUCAGCCAAGUUGAUGAUGCCUAUGCCAUCAUAGCUAUGGAUGGUAAUUUUCAGCAUAGGCAUCACCAUUUUGCAAGCAAUGAUGUUCCUACCGAAAGCGACUAUCCAUCGAUAUUUAUUCCACCUUCACAAAUCAACAACCACGAGGUUCAACUUGAGUCCACUGAAGGAGAUUCUGCAGGCCUUAGGUCCACUUGCUCUGAUUCUCACAAAGCUGCAAAUGAUCUGGCACUCGAGAGCAUCGAAUCCUGUUCUGUCAAACUACAAGAAAUAUACCAGCAUUUUAAUCACUACUGUGAUGAGAACUAUACACCUCAGUUCCUCGAAGCGCAGUGGAUUGCGGAAAGGAACUACUACAGUAAUAGAGAUCAUGCGAAGGAAGAACAAAAGCUUGAGCUUGGGAGACUGUUGGUGUUGGAACAAGAUUUGAUAGAGGCCUGGGAAGAGAUACGGACACCCGAGGAGGCACUUGCGCGCCUGCGAUUCUUACAGGAAAUCCAAUCCAAGAUUGACCAGCAACGAGAGCGAGUUGGCGUGGAGGAAGUCUUGGCAGGUGUCACCGCGGAGACGCAGUCUCAGUUCCUCAAGGUGUGGUGGGCAAAAACCGAACUCAGACAAAAGUUCCUUGCUCUAGUUGAGGAAAAGAGGCCUCUUGAUGUGGUCCGAAAAGGUCUAGCUUCCAAGUUGGGGACAGACGGGAAAGAAAAAUUGGUGAUUGCAAUACGGAAGCGAACGGCAGCUUUGCAAACCGUGCUAAACACGUACAACCGACACGUAGAUGCAUUUCACCUUGCCUCGCCCCCAAUCCCAACGCUACCGCGCAUCGAGUAUGAUGAGCUAAUGAGAUUGGAAGCAGACAGCCCAUUCUGGAAUGAUGGUGUCUUCACUAACCACGAUGAGCCAUGGGCUGUUGAUGCCGACACUCAAGAUGGCAUGAGACUGCUCGCACGUCUAACCAGAGGUGAAGAAGAAGUCCAACGUAUAGGCCAAGAGAUCCGGAGAGCCACUCGUUGGGCAGUCACGGAACACAAGCGAAUUGUUCCUCUGAUGUUUGGACUCUCUUCGGAAACGGACUGGGUUUACAGUAGACUGCAGCCUGUUACGGACCAUCCGAUACUACAAUCAUUGUCAAGUGAAGACCAAAUUGACCCGAUUAAAGCCAUCCUCCACAACUAUUUCAUCGAGAUAUCCUCCCUCCAGCUGCACUGGAAUUCCAAGGUUGUGUUGCUGGUUUCGAACUCAGGACCAUAUGAGAAUGACGCCGAACUAGUAAACGAUUGGAAUGAGCAAAUAAUGCGCCUCAAUUUUUUAAAAGCAAGUGGCUACUUAUCCAUGGUUCGAGGCGAUUUUGACAAUGCCAUCGGCAACUCCUUGGACAAUGUCAAUGAAACAGUACUCCGUAACUUCCUUUCCAAAAAUGAUGCCAGCGGGGAACCAAGCAACACCCAGGAUGGACGGACUCAUGGGGAUCUUGACAACGAUGACGACGAUGACCUUCUAGCGCCAAUUGCUGAUCAGGUUGAGCUUGCGCUUGAGCAAGAGGCUUUGAACAAUGCAUUGGCCGAUGGUAAGAAAUUCCAAUGCAGCAUAUUUAACCAACAAUGGACCCACCGAGCUGAUGAUAUGUUACCACGUUGCAUCCAUCAAUUGUGUUGCAAAGAUGUUGCUGACGGAAGUUGGACAGGUCAGUUGCCUGGGCCAGCGGCAUGA